AAAAACAGACACGGGAGGGGGGAGCGGGGUAACAUGGGGGCCCCACCCCCCGCACCCCACCACGCACCCCCCCCCCCCCCGCAGCCUCUCCUCGUUCUGCAGCCGGCCGCCUCCCCCCCCCCCCGCUUUCCCAGCUGCUGCGAAGCGCCCGGGGGGGGGGGGGAGGGCGGGGAUCCUUCCCGCCGCCCCGCCUGUUGCGCGCAGCCCCGCCUGGCUCCCGGCAGCCUUGGGCCGGCGGCGGGGAGGCCGGGCCGGCCAGGCGCGAGCGCUCCGUCCGCCCUCCGAGGCCGGCCUUGCGCGGGGGCUGACCCGGGACGGCUGCCAGGGGUCGGGGCCGGAGCGCAGCCCGGACAGCCCCGCGCGCCUCCCGCUCGCCAGGAGAGAAGCCGCCGCCGACGGACCCCUGCCCGCCCUCGCCCCCCACCCCUCCCGCGCCCCUCCCCUCCUUCCCUCCCUGCCCGCGGGUGCUCUGGGGCCGAGCGCGACUUCCUCUUCCUCCGCGGCGCCCCCCCCCCCCACCCGCCUGCAGACCCCGACGGCGCGCCCUGCUUGGCCGGCCCCGCGGAGGCGUCGCCAGGGCUCCCCCGGGAGGGGCCCAGACGAAGACAAAGGCCGGCCCCGACGCCCCUCCGCGCGCAGCUCCCCGAGGAGGAGCCCACUGGAUUUUUCCCAGAGAAAAUGUCAGUUUUAACCAUGGAAGCCCAGUGUCUUGACGAACGAGGGAGCUUCUUUAAGCUGAUUGACACAAUCGCAUCAGAAAUUGGAGAACUGAAACAAGAAAUGGUACAGACAGAUCUGAUGCUGGAAGACAGGCCCACAAAUAUACAAAGCCUGGAGAAAGACAUGAGCGAUUUGUGUCCAGCUCAAAAAGAUUUUAAAAGCUUCCCACGAGAUUCUGGAUACGACAGCCUGCCCAGUAAGCUCAGCGUACUCGAUAAGCUUCUUCACACGCAUCCCGUUUGGUUACAGCUCGGCUUGAACGAUGCUGAAACGGCAGAAGUCCUGCAGACGCAGCCUCCGGGAACCUUCCUUGUUAGGAAGUCGACAAGAAUGCAAAAGAAAGUCUUAUCUCUGCGUCUGCCAACCACCGACUUGGGUUCGUGCCUCAAGGAAUUUGCAAUAAAAGAGAGUGCGUACACCUUCUCCCUGGAAGGAUCUGGAAUAAGUUUUGCGGAUUUAUUCAGGCUGAUUGCUUUCUACUGUAUUAGCAGGGACGUCUUGCCGUUCACUUUGAGGCUGCCCCGUGCGAUCGCUGCAGCAACGACAGAGGCCGAGCUUGAAGAGGUGGCUCAGCAGGGACUGAGUUUUUGGAGCUCCCCUGCUAACGACAGACCGCAAAACCCUCCGCCCCUCCAGAAGCCCGUGCCUUCGGACUGCGUUUCCAAGGGCUCCCAGCAGCUCUGCCUCAUAAAUGGAGUUCAUUCUAUCAGGACCCGGACGCCUUCAGAGCUGGAAUGCAGCCAGACCAACGGAGCCUUGUGUUUUAUUAACCCUCUCUUCCUGAAAGUACACAGCCAAGAUGUUGGGGGGAAUCUGAAAAGGCCCUGCCUCAGAACUCAAGACGUGAACGGCCCGGAGAGGUCUCGCUCCCCCCCGCCGCGGCCUCCCCCGCCUUCUAUUCAUAGCUUCCUCGCCAGCCCUCAGCUGUCCAGGACGAUAAACCAGGCAAGCGUGCCAGAAACCGACGAUCGCCACAAACACUGGAACUCAAAACUGCUGCAGAAGAGGCCGACCCCCAUCCCACCACCUCGCCUGAAGAAGAAAGCACUCUCUUUCGAGGCAGAGAGCAGCGCGAAGCUCUCAGAGGGAGCUCAGCCGAGCCGUAACUCCGUGCACGGGCCAGACACUGCUAGCAUUCCAGCUGUAGCCCCGCCUCAGCAAAAUUUAGCAGGCUCGGUUGCCUGUUCUGAGUCACAGGUUCAGUGCAAUGGAGGCAGGCAGCGGCUGAGCGACAUGAGUCUUUCCACCUCGUCCUCGGACUCGCUGGAUUUCGACCGGAGCAUGCCGCUCUUCACCUACGACGGAGACACCAACAGCAGCUUGGAAGAGUACGAAGAAGAGAGCGACCAGGAGAGCAUGGCGCCGCCCCUGAAGCCCAAGAAGAAACGGAGCAGCUCGUUUGUGCUCCCCAAGAUUGUCAAAUCCCAGCUGCGGAAAGUGAGCGGGGUGUUCAGCUCCUUCAUGACCCCGGAGAAGAGGAUGAUCAAGAGAAUCGCGGAGAUGUCGCGAGACAAGCGCACCUAUUUCGGCUGCCUGGUGCAGGACUACGUGAGCUUUCUGCAGGAAAACAAAGAGUGCCACGUUUCCAGCACGGACUUGCUCCAGACGAUCCGGCAGUUCAUGACCCAAGUCAAAAGCUACCUGUCCCAGAGCUCUGAGCUGGAUCCCCCCAUUGAAUCGCUGAUCCCAGAAGACCAAAUAGAUGUGGUGCUGGAGAAGGCCAUGCACAAAAGCAUCCUGAAGCCCCUCAAGGGCCACAUUGAGGCGAUGCUGAAAGAGUUCCAUGUGGCCGACGGCUCUUGGAAGCAGCUGAAAGAGAACCUUCAACUUGUCCGGCAGAGGAACCCGCAGGAGCUGGGCGUGUUUGUCCCCACGCCAGACUUCGUGGAUGUUGAGAAGAUUAAAGUCAAGUUCAUGACCAUGCAGAAAAUGUACUCUCCUGAAAAGAAAGUUAUGCUGUUGCUGAGAGUCUGCAAACUGAUUUACACUGUGAUGGAGAACAAUUCAGGGAGAAUGUACGGCGCGGAUGACUUCUUGCCGGUGCUGACCUACGUUGUGGCCCAAUGUGACAUGCUGGAGCUGGAUGCUGAAAUUGAGUACAUGAUGGAACUGUUGGACCCGUCCUUGCUGCAUGGAGAAGGCGGGUACUAUUUGACAAGUGCUUAUGGAGCCCUUUCAUUAAUCAAGAACUUCCAAGAAGAACAAGCGGCCCGCCUGUUGUGUUCAGAAGCCCGCAAUACCCUUCGGCAGUGGCACAAGCGGAGGACCACCAACAGAACAAUCCCGUCUGUUGAUGACUUUCAGAACUAUCUUCGAGUGGCAUUCCAGGAAGUAAGUAGCGGUUGCACAGGGAAAACCUUGCUCGUGAGACCGUAUAUCACCACCGAGGACGUGUGCCAGCUCUGUGCGAAGAAGUUCAAAGUGGACACUCCUGAAGACUACAGCCUCUUUCUUUUCAUCGAUGACACUUGGCAGCAACUGACUGAGGACACUUAUCCUCAAAAAAUCAAAGCCGAACUGCACAGUCGGCCGCAGCCCCAGGUCUUCCAUUUUGUUUAUAAGCGUAUCAACAGUGACCCGUACGGAGCUGUUUUUCAGAACGACAACGGCAACCACUUGUCAUAAAGCUGGUGAUUUUUGUAAAGUUGCUGGAAAUAUCUUUUGUCUCACAACCGAACAUUUCUUGUGAGUGAGCUGGUCUGUAGGACUCCAAUCCACCCGCCUAGUAAAGCCACUAUCCAUGACUACAAAUAACGCGCAUAACGUAGGCAGCCCGUUGGUGCCACCAUGCACAAUUCACGGAGCACCACACCACAGACCUUUUCAAAUAUACUGCACUAUGUCCAUUUGCAGGUCUGUACUGCCUUUUAUUCUCAUCCUCAGUCCAAGCACAGUUUUUCAAUUAAAUAUAGUGAUAGGGCAGACCUUUUGGCAUGCUGACUGAUUUUCCUUCAGUUUCACCAGCGUGCGUCAGCAAUACUGUCCGAUGCAGGGCAUCUGUAAACUCUAUAUGGACGGCAAUAGCCUUCGCUAAAAUAGUUCUUUUUUUUUUAAUUAUUAUUAUUUUACUGAAGGCGAUGUGUCUUUAUAUAUUUCACAGAAACUUUAUAGCAGUUGCAGGUAAACUGUCACGGUUCUUAAAAUAUUUUUAAACUAUAGAAAUCUAUAAUGAUGCAUGUGAUAUUUUAAAACGUUUAAUAUACAAAAUAAAUCUCUUGCUGGUUUUAGAGGAGUGCCUUGACCUUUUUGGCGGGGUUUGAGUUUUGUAUUGUUGUUUGCCUCUUUCUACCCUGCCCCGUCUGUUUUUAAAGUCUGCUUUUUGCAAAAGCCGUUAGUAUUUUGGGCGUUGGCUGCCCGAGGCCUUUAGCAGACCCGAUACACGAUGUUUUACGGACUAUUCGUCAAUUGCAAUCUUGGAUAAACAGUUGAAGGGAGAGAUGGGGUAUUUGGAAAAAAAUUAAUGCAUAUAGGGAGACAACACAAAGAACCUAUUUGAUUAGAGCAAGCCUUUGUUGGCAUAGACAACAGUACAACAAUAAUAAAAACAGAUUAAAAAGCAUAUACAGUACAGAAAAUAAAUGUUAGGUCGAAGGAAAUCUACUGCCGUUUAGUAAUUUCCAGGAGAAAG